AUGUCCAACAUUGUCGCGACUGUCGACCAAGGCACGCUGUCACCUUACCUUGGCACCGUAUCGGCGCUUGUUUUUAACGGCAAUCAUGUUUGGGCCCACGGUCGCCUCAUUCGAAAGCACCCGAACUUUGCCGCGAGGUUUAAACACAACCAGCUUCACAUGAAGCCUGUCCCCCAAGGAGCCGCUCACAUUCUGGUUCAUUAUCUGUACACCGAACGUUACGAGGGUCUCAAGGCGAUCGGCAAUCGAGAGCUCGAUAAGACCAAGUUCCAGUUCCGAAUGGCGGUCCAUGUGUAUGACCUCGCAAGAGAGUACAACCUCUAUCAACUCGAAGAUCUGGCGGCUGACGAGCUAGUGACCCUCACUCCCAUGCUACAGGUUGGCACCAUGAUCACCAUCCUGGACCAGGAGGAGUCCACUCACACUAAGAUCUCUGGUUGGCUCCGCGAUUAUAUUUCGCAUGAGGUCAUGACGGCUGGCAAGGCUGCCACCCCCAGUGUUGUCCGAGGUAUGAGUGAUGACAUGAAGCACAACCGGCCCAUCACGGGUAUCGUCUGCGAGGCGAUGGCCAGGAUGGGGAUGGAGAACCAGCGCCUUCGCCGCGCUCUUAAGGAGAAGUAG